UACGUGCUGGCGUCACACGCUGAGGCGGGGCUGAGAGUUUGGUUCCCCGAAGUGGGGAGUCCGCGUCUCAUUCCGGUGGAGCAGAGCGGUAGACAGGUCAUCGUGAAAGACUUCAGGACAAAAAUGUUUCAUUUAAGGACUUGUGCUGCUAAGUUGAGGCCGUUGACGGCCUCCCAGACUGUUAAGACAUUUUCACAAAACAAAUCAGCAGCAAUUAGGACGUUUCAACAAAUCCGGUGCUAUUCUGCGCCGGUUGCUGCUGAGCCCUUUCUCAGUGGGACUAGUUCAAACUAUGUGGAGGAGAUGUACUGUGCUUGGCUGGAGAACCCCAAAAGUGUACAUAAGUCCUGGGAUAUUUUUUUUCGCAACACCAAUGCCGGAGCACCCCCAGGUGCUGCAUACCAGAGCCCCCUGACCCUGAGCCGAGGCUCCCUGGCCACUGCAGCCCGUGCACAGUCCCUGGUUGAGGCCCAACCCAACGUGGACAAGCUUGUGGAGGACCACCUGGCAGUGCAGUCACUCAUCAGGGCAUACCAGAUACGAGGGCACCAUGUAGCACAGCUGGACCCCCUGGGGAUUUUGGAUGCUGAUCUGGACUCCUCCGUGCCCGCUGACAUUAUCUCAUCCACAGACAAACUUGAUCUUGCAGUUUUCAAGGAACGACUUCGAAUGCUUACAGUAGGAGGGUUCUAUGGCCUCGACGAGUCGGACCUGGACAAAGUCUUCCAUCUGCCCACUACCACCUUCAUUGGGGGACAGGAGUCAGCGCUGCCUCUGCGGGAGAUCAUCCGUCGCCUAGAGGUAGCCUACUGCCAGCACAUUGGAGUGGAGUUCAUGUUCAUUAAUGACUUGGAGCAGUGCCAAUGGAUCCGGCACAAGUUCGAGACCCCUGGGAUCAUGCAGUUCACCAAUGAGGAAAAACGGACCUUGCUGGCCAGGCUCGUGCGGUCCACCAGGUUUGAGGACUUCCUGCAGCGGAAGUGGUCCUCUGAGAAGCGCUUUGGUCUAGAAGGCUGUGAGGUGCUGAUCCCUGCACUCAAGACCAUCAUCGACAAGUCCAGUGAGAACGGAAUAGACUAUGUGAUCAUGGGGAUGCCACACAGGGGACGGCUCAACGUGCUCGCGAAUGUCAUCAGGAAGGAGCUGGAGCAGAUUUUCUGUCAGUUUGAUUCAAAGCUGGAGGCAGCAGAUGAGGGCUCCGGAGACAUGAAGUACCACCUGGGCAUGUAUCACCGCAGGAUCAACCGCGUGACAGACAGGAACAUCACCCUGUCCUUGGUGGCAAACCCAUCCCACUUGGAAGCUGCUGACCCUGUGGUGAUGGGCAAGACCAAGGCCGAGCAGUUCUACUGUGGAGAUACUGAGGGGAAGAAGGUGAUGUCCAUCCUCCUGCAUGGAGACGCUGCCUUCGCUGGCCAGGGCAUCGUGUAUGAAACCUUCCACCUCAGCGACCUGCCAUCCUACACGACCCAUGGCACCGUGCAUGUGGUAGUCAACAACCAGAUCGGCUUCACCACAGACCCCCGGAUGGCACGCUCCUCCCCUUAUCCCACUGAUGUGGCCCGUGUGGUGAACGCCCCCAUCUUCCAUGUGAAUGCUGACGACCCCGAGGCAGUCAUGUAUGUGUGCAAGGUGGCGGCUGAGUGGAGAACUACCUUCCACAAGGACGUGGUUGUUGAUCUGGUGUGCUACCGGCGCAACGGCCACAACGAGAUGGAUGAGCCCAUGUUCACACAGCCGCUCAUGUACAAGCAGAUCCGAAAACAGAAGCCAGUGCUGCAGAAGUAUGCCGAGCUGCUGGUAUCUCAGGGCGUGGUCAACCAGCCUGAAUACGAGGAGGAGAUCUCCAAGUAUGAUAAGAUCUGCGAGGAGGCCUUCACCAGAUCCAAAGAUGAGAAGAUCCUGCACAUCAAGCACUGGCUGGACUCCCCCUGGCCUGGCUUCUUCACCCUGGAUGGGCAGCCCCGGAGCAUGUCCUGCCCUUCCACUGGCCUGGAGGAGGAUGUCCUGACACACAUCGGGAGCGUGGCCAGCUCUGUGCCCGUGGAGAACUUCACCAUCCAUGGAGGCCUGAGCCGGAUCUUGAAGACGCGCAAGGAGCUGGUGACAAACCGGACUGUGGACUGGGCACUGGCAGAAUACAUGGCGUUUGGCUCACUCCUCAAGGAGGGCAUCCACGUCCGACUGAGCGGCCAGGAUGUAGAGCGGGGCACCUUCAGCCACCGGCACCAUGUGCUGCAUGACCAGAAUGUGGACAAGAGAACCUGCAUCCCCAUGAACCACCUCUGGCCAAACCAGGCCCCCUACACUGUGUGCAACAGCUCCCUGUCUGAGUAUGGUGUCCUGGGCUUUGAGCUGGGUUUUGCCAUGGCGAGCCCCAACGCCCUGGUGCUCUGGGAAGCCCAGUUUGGUGACUUCAACAACAUGGCCCAGUGCAUCAUCGACCAGUUCAUCUGUCCAGGCCAGGCCAAGUGGGUGCGGCAGAAUGGCAUCGUGCUGCUGCUGCCACAUGGCAUGGAGGGCAUGGGCCCAGAGCACUCCUCUGCCCGACCAGAGCGCUUCUUGCAGAUGUGCAAUGACGACCCAGACGUCCUCCCGGACCUCAUGGGAGCCAACUUCGACAUCAGCCAGCUGUACGACUGCAACUGGGUGGUUGUCAAUUGCUCCACACCUGGCAACUUCUUCCACGUUCUGCGCCGGCAGAUCCUGCUGCCCUUCCGGAAGCCGUUAAUCGUCUUCACCCCUAAAUCCCUCCUGCGCCACCCUGAGGCCAGAACCAACUUUGAUGAGAUGCUCCCAGGAACCCACUUCCAGCGGGUGAUCCCAGAAGACGGCCCUGCGGCCCAGGACCCAGGCAAGGUGAAGAGGCUUCUCUUCUGCACUGGCAAGGUGUACUAUGACCUCACGCGGGAGCGCAAGGCCAGGGGCAUGGCAGAGCAGGUGGCCAUCACGAGGCUCGAGCAGCUGUCGCCAUUCCCCUUCGACCUCUUGCUGAAGGAGGCUCAGAAGUACCCCAGUGCCGAGCUGGUGUGGUGCCAGGAGGAGCACAAGAACCAGGGCUACUACGACUACGUGAAGCCUCGGCUCCGGACCACCAUCGACCGUGCCAAGCCUGUCUGGUACGUGGGCCGAGACCCAGCCGCUGCCCCGGCCACUGGCAACAAGAAGACCCAUCUGACGGAGCUGCAGCGCUUCCUGGACACGGCCUUUGACCUGGACGCCUUCAAGAAGUUCUCCUAGACGCUCCAGGGUCCCUCGGCUUGGCCCCUAUCACACCACCCUGCUUCAGUAAAGAGUUGAGCCUUGGCACUGACCACCCCUUCACUGCACUGUACCCUCCCUCUCUCCGGCCUUCGGCUGCCACCUGCUGCCCUCCGUGAUGGUGGGGAGCAGGAGGAUGGCUGGGACCCCGCCUUCCUGACCUCUCACCCAAAACAGCAACAGGGCCUCUGGUGGCUCCCCAGCUCCCCACAGUCUUUGCAUUUGGCAAGGUGCAGACACUCCACCAGGACUGGGGGUAGCUGCCUCCCACCGGGCAGACCCAGGGCUUCCCAGAGUGGGCUUCCCUGCGGGUGAGGGCGCCACAGCAUGUGGCACAGUGAGGCAUGUGCGGCUGUACAGUGCUCAUCUCUGCCACCCUCUGAGGGCCCCAGGCUGGGCUCGGGGGCAGUAUCCUGUGACCCCCAGCCUUAGCCACUCCUUCCUGCUGUUUCCCUGGAGCACAGCGGAGAUGUCUGUGCAUCCUCUUCUUCGCUGUGCCAAAGCAGGUCAGGAGCAGGAGCAGGGUGAGGCAGGGUGCGCCAGCGGCCCUUCGUCCCCUUGCUCUGACCUCCACAGGGACAGAUCCGAUUUAUUUAUUUUGGUUAAAAAGCAAAAGAACAAAAACAACUUUGCAUUGUAUUGGCUUGACCUAUAAACAAAGUUAUCCAUGGC